UGCGCACAUCCCUCACCUGCCUCCUCUCCUCCGACUGCUCCAACCCUGUCAGCGAGAGGCAGAGUCCACUUCUCCAAACUCCCGGGAUGAAGCGCCACUGCCACAUUUUUGGGAUUUGUCCUCAGAUGUCUGGCUGUUCAAGCUGAAACCUCUUUUUCUGACCAUGUUAGUGGCAGGAGCUGAUGUGAAGGUGGGAGCCUCUGACCCGAGGGUCUUCUAACAUCCAGCUGCUUUCACUUGUCCCGCCGCAUAUUCACAUCCCUGUGAAGUCCGUGAUUUUUUUUUUUUUUGUCAAUUGGACUUAUGUUUGCAUGAAAGUUUCCCCGAUCCGAAUUGAAGAAGUUCGGACUUGGGGAGACUUUAUGGAUAUUUUAUGGUGGGACCCGCGAGGAUGGACGUGGUAGAUGAAACAGAAGCCCUACAGAGAUUCUUUGAAGGUCAUGAUAUUACCAGUUCUCUGGAGCCAGCUAACAUCGACACCAGUAUCCUGGAAGAGUACAUCAGCAAGGAGGACGAUAGCACUGACAUCUGUUUCUCAGAGGUCCACAGCACCCCAGGACCGAGUUAUUCAUCUCCCCAGGCAGGAGUUUCCUCCGGAGGGGGGUUGGGGUGCGGAGUGAGCCCCCCAAUUCCACUACGCCAAGGAGCCCCUCAGCAGCCUGGGCCUCCUAACUGUCAGAGCGCCUACGCUGCUGGUCCGUCUCUGGGCCUCCGACACAGUUACCCGUGUCUGGGACAGCAGCAGCAGCAGCAGCACGUCAAGCCUGAGCACAGAGGACACUACGCUCCAGGGACUCUGCCCGAGUCUCCCCCUGACUCCAGCUCCGAGCCGUACUCCCCUCAGCAGGUGAAUGAUCCUCACAUGAUCCGGACCAUGACACCUGAGAACAUGUGUCACAUGACUCCAACUCCUCCGCUGCCGCCACAUGGCCACUACAACAACAUGCACCGCGACAUGUACCUGAAGGCGGAGCCCUUAAUAUCACAGUAUCCUCUCGGCCCAGCCACGAGUGGAGGUGGAGACAUGCAGCAGACUCAGAUGCUCCAUCAGCUGCUGCAACAUCCUCCAGGGCAGGAUGGAAUUCCUGUUCACCAAGCCAAAAAGAGGAAGCACUCGGACUCUCCUAACAAUACACUCAAUACUCAGAUCCUUACAGGUAUCAUCAAGCAAGAACCAGGUUUAAUGCAGGAUGCCGACAACUCCUACUUGGAUCCCAACUACCAGUGCAUCAAGUGGCAGCCUCACCUGCAGAACAAGUGGACGCCCCUUUAUGACUCCAACUGCAAGGAACUUCCGAUGCCGACCUACCGCGUCGAUGCCGACAAAGGCUUCAACUUCUCCCUGGCGGAUGACGCCUUCGUUUGUCAAAAGAAGAACCAUUUCCAGGUGACCGUGUACAUCGGGAUGCUGGGGGACCCGAAAUACAUCAAGACAAGUGAAGGCCUGCAGCCCAUCGACUGCUUCUAUCUCAAACUGAACGGAGUGAAAGUGGAGGCCAUGAAUCAGUCCAUCAGUGUCGAGCAGUCACAGUCCGACCGCAGCAAGAGACCAUUCAAGCCAGUUCUGGUCACGCUGCCCCCAGAGCAGGUCACAAAGGUCACAGUUGGGCGUCUCCACUUCAGUGAAACAACAGCUAACAACAUGAGGAAAAAGGGCAAACCAAACCCUGACCAGAGGUACUUCAUGCUGGUGGUGGCGCUGCACGCUCAGUCCCACAGUCAGAGCUACACUGUGGCUGCUCACGCCUCUGAGAGGAUCAUCGUCAGGGUAACGUCUGGCCAUGCAUCCAACCCGGGUCAGUUUGAAAGUGACAACGAGGUUCUGUGGCAGCGAGGUCAGCUCUCUGACUCGGUUUACCACCACGGCAGAGUCGGGAUCAACACGGACCGGCCAGACGAGGCUCUGGUUGUUCAUGGAAAUGUGAAGGUCAUGGGGUCGCUCGUACAGCCGUCUGACAUCAGGGCUAAGGAAAACGUCCAAGAGGUGGACACCACAGACAAUUUGAAAAGAAUUUCCCAGAUGAGACUGGUUCAUUAUCAGUACAAGCCUGAGUUUGCAGCCACUGUGGGCAUAGAGAACACGGCAGAGACUGGAGUCAUCGCCCAAGAGGUUCAGCAAAUCCUGCCUGAUGCUGUGAAGGAAGGAGGGGAUGUGGUGUGUGCCAACGGAGAAACUAUUCCCAACUUGUUAGUGGUCAACAAGGAGCGGAUCUUCAUGGAGAACGUGGGUGCUGUCAAAGAGCUUUGUAAGCUGACCGACAACCUGGAAACUCGUAUCGAUGAACUGGAGCGAUGGAGUCGCAAACUGGCCAAACUCCGACGUCUGGACAGCAUGAAGAGCACCGUGAGCGGCGGCACAGUCAGUCAGUCGGGAAGUUACUUCAGCAGAACAGGAAGUGGCCCUCUAAAGAAGAAGCCAGUGAAACCAGGCAGCAAGACCUUGUCUUCAGAUCAAGGUUGCAUCAGUCCGAAGUUAAUGCAGGGGUCCAUCCUUGCUCUGGUCAUCGUCAUGGCUUUCAGUGUCAUCUGUAUGUCUGUCCUCUACGUGCUGACGCUUCAUCACAGAGCUGGCGUCACAGUGAAAGAUGAUUAUUUCCCUCCCUGUAUUCUCUACAUCUCUUGGAUGCCCAUCUUCACUGCCACAGUUACUUUCUGUCCUCCUAUGUGUCCAUGGUCUGCCGCUGCACUGGGAUCCUCACGUAAAAGUCUCUUCACUCCACUCACUACCACUGCAGCGCCAGUCAUCAACAACCAGUCCUCCACAGUCCUGACCCUGAGCAACAACCAGUCCGCAUCAGAUCUUGACAGUCUAGCUCCAACGCUUGGCAGUAUCAUGAAGAAAGCCAAGUCCAGAAUAAUGGAUAAAGAUGUCCGGAACAGAAACCGCCUGAGUCACACCUCAGCACCUUUAUAUUUUGCCAAGUCCAAAAGACCUCCGUCCCCCGAACAAGAUGGAGUUGGGUCUUCCAACCGUCUGCCAGGAGGUCAGCAGCCACAGCCUCGCCGGCAGCGUAGCCUUCGCACUAAGGGACAUUCAGCUCCAUCUCUGGUAAGCCUUCACAUCAUGGAAACAAACCAGGAAGUAACCGUGCAACAUUGUGAAGGACCACAGAGCUGCAGUUACACAGUAUCCCUACAUGGAAGCAGAAAUUCCUCUCUUUCCCAGAUAACACUGCUCAUGACCUCGACAAAGAGUGUUUGGGUCCAACAAUGUCGAGUGACAACAGGCCUGCUUUGCCCAAACCAUAUAAAGACCGAGCUUAAGGCUGGAAUAAGGACAUGGACAAAGGGGACCCGUCAUCUUUGGUCAGUGCCAGUGUUGACCUUCCAGGACGUCACAUAUCUUUUCCGUGUUUCCCAGGCGGGUGAAAUAAGCUGCGACACAGAGGAGGAGACUUCUGCGUUCUCUGACUACCAUUUUCUCGUUCAAAGACGCUGCGAUUAAAGCUGUGGUUUUACAAUUUUUUUUAACUUUUGUGAUAUAAAUGUACAUUCUUUUUAAACAGACAAAACUGAAAUCUGCCACUGUCAUUCGUUGCGGCUCAUUUAUUUUGACCUCAGUCUACAUCAUUGAUUUUAAUCACCAGGACUUUUUACGAUCCACGUUUAUUGAAAACUCAAUUUAAACUAUGUUGACCUUAACUUGAUAUAACUGGUGUGUUACACUGAAAUUUGCUUUCUAUGAGAAUGUGAAUUUCCAACUGAAGACGAGAACUGUGAUUCACGAGUAAUAUUUCUGCUAACACUGGAUGCAGUCAGCUGCGAGUCAGGAUCUUUUUAAACACUGGAGAUGUUUCGCUAAAUGAUUUCAACUUGUCUGCAGAAUAUACCUCAACCAUCCACACCGGCAAGUACAAGAAUCUGCUUCUGAAAAUAGAGCCAGGUGCUGAAAACUCAUGAAAAGAUGCAUCGAUAGAAAGAUUGGAUUAUACUUCUCAACUUCAGCAUGUUGAUCGCAUCAGUUUCUGCAAAUUAAAGGCAUGAGUAGCUGAAUUCAUGCUGGCGGUGCUGUACACCGUACGUAACUGGAAAUGUUUGUGCAUCUAAUAAGAAUGUCUAACACUGAUAAUGUUUCGAUAACAAACACUGGAAAGCUAACGCUGUAGUUGGUAACUGGACAGAAUGUGUGAGUUGAAUAAUAUGUGAUCAUCUCUGCGUAAAUUAUACAUGACCACAUGCAAGUUAUCAUAUCAUAGAUGCACUCGUUCUGACUGAUAUCUUGUAUUUGUUAUCAUUUCAACCACUUUUAUUCAAUCUCACAUUGAUUUGGACGUGUUAUAUCAUCAUAUCUGCAAUGGAGUUUUCAAAAAACACAUGGACACUGGACCCAAAACUCAAUUUCAUGUUUCACAGGAAAUGAAUCGCUGUCAAUAAAUAGGAAAUGUAGCCAUUAAACAGAAAUGUGUGGAUUCAUUAUGAUAGAUAGUCACUGUAUAAUAAACUUAUUUCUCCCCAGUAUGAAUUCACAUUAUUUAUGAUGCACCAACAGGCAUGAUGAAACCACGAUAGCACUUUUGCACUGUAUAUAUGGUCUGCUUUAGCUCUUUCCAGGACACGCUUUGGUUUCAGUUAUAGAGUUGCCUUACACUGUUACACCAUCCUUGUUUUACUGUGUGUAUUUUAUCUAAUAUGUUUGGCAUUAUGUUUUUAUCUCUUGUGUCUUUUUUUUGACAGUAUAUUUACAUCUGGUUAAUGAAACACACACAGUAAUAGCGGAAGGGCUGAAAACAAAUUUGUUGUUGUGUGUGAAAUAAACAGACUAAAUUAGAUAAUAAUUCAAUGAACAGUUAAUGCCACUAUUUUUUGAGUUGUAUAGCGAAUUUCAUCCAUUAAAGUCUUUUGUUGUGUUUGAUUGGCAAU